UGAGUGAUUAGAAAAAUUUACAAGUAAAAUGAAACCAGGGGCCUACAUUUUUUCUUUGGGUGCAAGCAAACAGGUAAUCGUGGCAAAACAAACUCCACACCCUAUUUUCCCCUCCCCCUCGUCUACCGCCAUUCAUUUUGCAGCUAUCAAAACCCCUUUCCCACCAAACCUUCCUUUUCUUCCUUAUAAUAUUAUUAUACAAGUAACAAAACUAGCCAACAUUUUCGAUCAACAUUUCCAAAUUCCACUGAUUUCAUCCUGAAAAACUCUUAAAAAAUGGGCAUGAUAUUGGGUAAAAUCUCUGUAGAAACACCCAAAUACGAAGUAAUUCAAUCAACACCUGAUUAUGAAAUCCGCAUGUACUCAGCAGCAGUCAUAGCACAAGUCACAUACGAUCCAAAUCAGUUCAAAGGCAACAAAGACGCUGGCUUCAUGAUCCUAGCCAAUUACAUUGGCGCAUUGGGCAAUCCUCAGAACGCCAAGCCUGAAAAGAUCGCAAUGACAGCUCCUGUAAUAACUAAAUCAACCAAACAAGAGAAAAUCGCGAUGACUGCACCCGUGGUGACUAAGAGUACUACUGCUGGAGACAACCGGAUGAUGACCAUGCAGUUUAUAUUGCCAUCGAAGUAUAGGAGAGGUGAAGAGGCACCGAAGCCGUUGGAUGAGAGAGUGGUGAUUGCAGAAGAAGGGGAGAGGAAGUAUGGAGUGGUCAAGUUUAGUGGGAAUGCAAGUGAUGAAGUUGUGAAAGAGAAAGUGGAGAAUUUGAGGAAGUGUUUGGAGAGAGAUGGGUAUAAGAUUGUUGGGGAUUUUGAGUUGGCUAGGUAUAAUCCUCCUUGGACAUUGCCUCCAUUUAAGACUAAUGAAGUUAUGAUUCCAAUUGAGUGAAUGAGUUGAAACCUAUGUUGCUCAGACUCUACAGAAAUGUCUGUGGGAAUUUUGAAGAAUUUGAUACAGGUGCGGCCAUAAUUUUGGAGGGGUCGAGUAAUAUAGCUGAAACUAGUGGUUAAAGAAUAAUAACAUGUGAGUGGACUAUAUUUCAUAGCAUAGUAAGAGUUUGAAAUUAUGUAUUUCUUGUUUAUAAGUUACGUGAUCAAAUCAAACUAAAUAUUUGUAUUCUUCUUGUCA